CUAGCUAAGAGUGCAGAUUAAGCUAAGCUAUCAAAACAGAUACAAUGGGGUUAAACCGGUGCUUAUCUAAAGUCUCCAACACUCACAUGCUUUCGAAACUAGUGAUUAUUAUAUUGUUAUUUCAAGUUUCUGUUGCCAUUUCUCUGCGGCAGCCUGCAGAUUGCAAGGAUGAGGAGAGCUCUGCCUUGCUGCAAUUCAAGGAAAGCUUUAUUAUUGACAGAUCUGCUUCUGGUUAUGAUGGUGCUUAUCCAAAGGUUUUGUCGUGGAAACAAAACAACAGCUGCUGUUCAUGGGAUGGUAUCGAGUGUGAUCAGAGUACGGGUCACGUGAUUGGCCUUGAUCUCAGUAGCAGUUGUCUAUAUGGCUCCAUCAACUCCAACAGCACCCUCUUCCGCCUUGUUAAUCUUCAGAGCCUGAACCUUGCUGACAAUAACUUCAACUACUCUGAAAUUCCUACAACCAUUAGGAAUCUCCCAAAGCUCAGGUACCUCAACCUCUCUGCCUCUGUAUUUUCUGGCCAAGUCCCAUCUGAAGUUUCACAGUUGUCCAAGUUGUCAUCCCUUGACUUAUCUCUGAAUCUUGAUGGUGUUUCUAUUGACGGGUUAUUGACCCUUAACCCAUCCUAUCUGGCAAGCCUUGUUCAUAACUUAACUAGACUUGAAAAUCUUUAUCUAGGCUACAUUACCAUAUCAUCAAAAAUUCCUGAAUCCGUUGCGAAUUUGUCAUUUCUGACAUCCCUCUCUCUGAGGAAUUGUCAAUUGUUUGGGGAAUUUCCAGUAAGAAUUUUCCAGUUACAAAACUUGAAACUUCUUAGUGUGAGAAACAACCCAGAUCUUACUGGUUAUCUGCCUGAAUUCAAUCAAAGUAGUCCUCUGUCAUCACUCGUACUUGCUGGAACUAGGUUCUUCGGAAACCUACCUUCUUCAAUCCAAAAGCUUGAUUCUUUGGUAGAGUUGAAUGUGGGUGGAUGCAAUUUUUCAGAAGGGUUGGUUCCCUCUUUUCUUGGUAAGCUUAGACAGCUUACUUAUCUCGACAUUUCAAAAAACAAUUAUGGCGGUCCAAUUCCUGAUUCGUUGGCAAAUCUUACACAAUUGACUGUGUUUAGGAUUGGUACGAGUCACUUAACAGGUCCAAUACCAUCUUGGUUAGGAAACUUCAGCAUACUGAUUUACCUAGACUUUUCUUAUAAUAGAUUGAAUGGUUCAAUUCCACAGACAUUUUCCAAUCUCAUAAAUCUUGAGAUUCUUUAUCUUCAGUACAAUGACCUGAGUGGUACAGUGGAGUUUCAAAUGUUUGAAAAUCUACAAAAUCUCUACCAACUCCAUCUAAAUGGUAAUAAUCUGCAAUUUCUCACUGAAUCCACAAUUGUGAAUGCAUCUCUUCCCCAAUUUACAAUUCUAGGAUUGAGUUCGUGCAACAUAAGAGAGUUCCCAUCUUUCUUAAGAUAUCAAAAGAAUUUGCAGAAGUUGUACCUUGCUGAAAACAAACUCUAUGGUCAAGUACCGAAAUGGAUGUGGAAUAUGAGCAUAGAUACUUUGAUGUACUUGGACAUUGAUCAAAACUUCCUUACAGGCUUUGAGCAACCUCCAGUUGUCCUUCCUUGGGUUAACCUUCGAUUUUUAAAGCUCUCUUCCAACAUGUUCCAUGGACCACUGCCGAUACCUCCACCAUCAAUCCUAGGCUAUGAAAUUCAGGACAAUAAACUGAAAGGAGAAGUUUCACCAGAGAUUUGCAACCUGAGUUCUAUUCAGGCCCUUGAUUUGUCCAACAACAACUUGAGUGGCGUGCUUCCACACUGUAUCGGAAACUUCAGUGACCGUCUGAUACUUUUACUUCUAGCAAAUAACUCCUUCCAAGGGAUUCUUCCACAAACAUACAGUAAGAAAAGCAACUUGAGGAUGAUUGAUGUUAGUUAUAACCAAUUGCAGGGGCAAUUACCAAGGUCGCUGGCUAACUGUGUGAUGCUUGAGACUUUAAUUCUGUCAGACAACAAAUUCCAAGAUGUCUUCCCCUCUUGGUUGGUGACUCUUCCAGAGUUAAAAGUGUUGGCAAUGCGCCAUAAUGGUUUCCAUGGAGUUAUCGGAAAGCCUGAAAACAAUAAUGGUUUCCUGAACUUGCGCAUUUUAGAUCUAUCUUACAAUAAUUUCACAGCGAAUAAAGGUGUGGACAGAUACUAUUCAAAAAUUCAAGAAGCCUUUGCAGCCAUUGAUAUCUCAAGCAAUAAAUUUGAAGGGAAGAUUGAUGAACUGAUUGGGAAUCUAAAAGGGCUUCGCUCGCUCAAUGUUUCCAAUAACAUUUUCACCGGUGAGAUCCCAUCAUCUUUGGAAAACUUAACACUGCUGGAGGCAUUGGACCUUUCACAGAACAAGCUCUCAGGAGAGAUCCCCCAACAGCUGGUGCAGCUGACAUUCCUUUCACAAUUCAAUGCUGCUCACAACAGGCUCACAGGUCCUAUACCCGAAGGAAACCAACUUGCUACAUUCAAUAGCACUUCCUAUGAGGGAAACCCUGGAUUAUGUGGAGAUCCGUUGCCAACCAAAUGUGGAAACCCAAUGGCCCAUCAACUGCGUCCUCCAACUGUACAAGAUGCUUAUUCUUCUGAGUCCAGAAUUGAAUGGAUAUUUGUUGUGGCAGGAUUUGGAAGUGGUUUGGUGCAGGGAAUAAUUCUUGCAGAUCUUAUGAUCAGAAGGAGGUAUGCAUUGUUUCUUAAAAUUGUUGACAUGCUUGUCAGAACAGUGAAAAGGAGAAGGUAGAGUAGGAGAGGUGGAAUUGAAUGCAUCUAUUGUUGGUUAUGAAUCUCUAUUAAAACAGUAAUGUACAUUGAAGUUUUCUAAAAUCAUUCUCUAGCUAUCUAGAUUAGUCUAGAACAUGUUCUGAAGUACUUAGUCUAGAUUAAUCCAUAAUGAUCAUGUAAUCAUACCUCUAGUGAAGUUCUAGUGUUGUGUAUCAGUGUGUGGUUAAUAAUUAACCACAUAAGCUUACCACAGACAUUAGCUUAUGUGGUUAUGAAUCUUUGUAUCUCUCAGUUUUUCCCUGUGCUUGGUAG